AUGAGAGUUCACACAGGAGAGAUACCUUACACGUGCCAACAGUGUGAAAAGAGUUUCAUUCGACCAGCAAGCCUCAAAAUCCACAUGAGAAUUCACACUGGAGAGAACCUGUUUACUUGUCAGCUGUGUGGAAAGAAUAUCGGUCAAAAAGAACACUUUAUUAACCACAUGAGAACUCACACUGGAGAAAACCCAUUCACCUGCCAACAGUGUGGAAAAAGGUUCAAUCGAAAAGGAAACUUGAAAGUCCACAUGAGGAUUCACACUGGAGAACCUGUUUACUUGUCAGCUGUGUGGAAAGAAUAUCGGUCAAAAGAACACUUUAUUAACCACAUGAGAACUCACACUGGAGAAAACCCAUUCACCUGCCAACAGUGUGGAAAAAGAUACUUCAGGUCCCUACAAGAAUCCACCAUGAUCAUCACAAGUGAUUUGGCCAUGUUCAAAUAG